AUGGCCAAAUUCGACCUCCUCCUCCUCAGCUUCCUGUCCCUCGGUGCAUCCGCCCUCACAACCGGCCUCCUAGGCCCACGGGUCUGCGGCCAGACGGUCGGCCCGUCUUCGAUCCUGUCCAUCAGCAAAGAAAACCGGGACGAGCCGGCAAAGGCAUACGACCCCUACGUCGCGCUGAACCAGCUGGUCGACGGCGCAGGGAACAAGGUCGGUGUGGCCGCCAUCCUGCGCUUCACGCCGCCAGCGCCCGGCUCCGGCUCCUCGGCCAGCAGCCCGCCGGCGGCGUGCGAGUUCACCCUGAGCUUCCCGGCGUCGCGCUUCGGCGACGUGCAGCUCGGCCGCGCCGACUGGCAGAAGCCGCCCGAGAUCGCCAUCUCCAAGAUCACCAACCUCGGGGCCCCUGGGGCCCCGCUCCCGUCGUACAACCAGCUCAACGUCGUGCCGGGCCCCUGGGCCACCGCCACCGUGUCGCGCGGCCUGCACGCCGUCGCCGGCGCCGAGCCCUGCGACACCGCCGCCGACUACCUCCUCGAGAUCCCGGACUGGAUCGCCGUCAACAUGGGCGUCUCGUGGCCCAACGACGUGCUGCCUGCUGCUGGGGACGCGGGCGGCGCGGACGUUGACGAGUUUCUCGGCGUCUACUUGCGCCACGUCUGCUGAGUCCGAUGAGUCAGAUGAAGGGAGUCAGUCUAGCGCAGUCGCCGUAAUUAGUUAAUUUUUAGUUGUUUCAUGAACGCAGCGAGGGGGACGCUGUUGCUAAUUGUGCAUUUGUGUUGUGUCUGGGUGUUUAUUAUGGGGUGUUUGGGGCCUGGUGGGGUUUAGGAAUUGGGGACUGCAUUGCGACGGCGUUUUUGUAUUGGGGUGGGCUGCGAAAAUGAAACGGAAAAUAAGGGACCUGGCGAUAAUGUCGAAUCCAAUUAGUAAUUGAUGCGAGGCGCGCAAACUUCUUGCGUUGCCCAUUGCUUCAGAUGUCAUUUAC